GAUUUAUGGGUCAACUCCACAAAUCGUAAAUGCGAGUUCCCUCCAACCUUCAAUAACCUCCUUAUCCGUGAAGACGAUGAGCAUGAUGAUGAUGAUGUGUCUCUGCGCCAUAGGUCUCUUGUCGUUCUGCCUUGAACAUGUGAUGGCAUUGGCUUCAUUACCGUCACCAAUCUCUGGUGAAGGCUGGCCAGAGAAGUUCCCUGCGAAGGAACACUGCUCGCGCUGUGGACUAUGUGAAACAACGUUUGUAUCACGCGUCAAGGAAGCUUGUGCCUUUCUGGGAGAUGGAAUGGGACGUGUGGAUGAUGCCGAGAUGAAAGUCCACGGCCGCCAGCGAGACACGGCUUCUAUGGCUUGGUCCGAGAAUAAAGACAGGGGAGAAGAUUUGAGCACUGCUGAUGAGGCGAGAUUUGGAGUUAUGCAUGAACCCAUGAGGUUAGCAAAGGGAAUCGGCAUGAGAGACGCACAGUGGACAGGCGUUGUCACCAGCAUUGCUUUGUCCAUGCUCGAAGCUGGAAAAGUGGAUGCCGUAGUUUGCAUUGCAAAUAGUAGUGAGGAAUCCAACAAGAGCAAUCCACAAGCCUGGAGCUACCCACAGCCAAUCUUGGCCAAGACUCCUGAAGAUGUUUUAAGGGGUCGAGGGGUCAAGCCAGCUCUAUCACCUAGCUUGAAUGUGCUGGAUGAAAUUAAGAACGACAAGAGUAUUAGGAAGUUGCUUUUCUGUGGAGUUGGCUGUGCUGUUCAAGCCUUUCGUGCCGUCCAAGAUGACUUGGGACUGGAAGAAGUCUAUGUUCUUGGCACCAACUGCGUCGACAAUUCACCGACACCCGAAGCGGCUCAAAAUUUCCUACAAGAAGGUGUUCAAAUUUCAGAAUUGGAAAGAGUUCGUGGCUACGAGUUUAUGCAAGACUUUAAGGUGCAUGUCAAAACAAGUGAUGGUUACAUUACCCGUCCCUACUUUUCCUUGCCAGGAACAGUGGCUGCACCAUCCAUUGCAACUUCCUGUUUGGCUUGUUUCGAUUAUACCAAUGGCUUGGCGGAUGUGGUAGUCGGCUACAUGGGAGCGCCCUUGGACGGCAAGAUGGAUGAAUCCUAUCAAACCCUGACAAUCCGCAACGAACGAGGAUCCCAGAUGGUGGAAACCGCCAAGGAUGCCAAUCGACUGUACAUUGGAGAUGUUGCUACAGGAACAGGGAACCAUGAACAAUUGGCAACCAGUACAGUGGCGGCGGACAGCAUUGUUUUGGAAAUGGUGGGAGGGGACGUUCCAACAUCGGGCAUGCCCGUGUGGAUGGGCAAUAUUCUGGCCUUUGUGAUUAGCAACUAUGUGAGCCCCAAAGGUGUGAACUUUGCGCGCUAUAGUAUUGAUUAUCACAUUCUUCGCAACUAUUUGCAUAUCCUGCAGGAAUGGGGGGAAGAUCGUGCCCAACAGGCGAUGCCUCAAUAUGCAGCUGAUAUUGUAUCCCACUACUUGCAAGACGAAACCGUCAGGAAACUUCAAUCGCAACUACAGAUCACAAAGCAAGAAAAGGAAUUGAAAAGAUGAUGAUUAUUGUUGCGGCUGUAAAACCGAUUGAAUUCAUUCCAGAAUAUAAAAAAGACUGCCUCUUCAAUCAGAAUCCGAGUCUGAUCCAUACCCACCCAACAAGCUUGCCAUUCCCCCACCCGAGUCGGCUUUGGUAACUGGCGCCACUUUGGGUUUUGCUUUGAUUGUUGUUGCCGCUGGAGCAUCCACCCGGCGACGUUUUGCUUUGAUGAUUGGGAAAGCCUUGGCCUUGUUUUCUUUGGUUGCGGCCAGCUUUUGAGAAGCUUCUUUUUGCCUCUGUUCUAAUAGAGCAAUUUGUUGUUGUCUGUCUUGUUCCGCUCGUUUUUCGUCUUCUUUGUCGAGUCUUCUGAUUCGUUUUUUGUUGUUGCCAUUUGAUUUGUUGUUGUUGUUGUUGUUGUUGUUACCACCAAAUUUGAUGGAUUUGACGAGUGCUUCGUCUUCUUGUGUCAAUUCCAGCUCCGUUCCAUCUUCCGCCUCUUCCGGAUUGAUUUUAUCCAAUAAGUUUUUGACACCCUGUUCAAAUCCUUCCCCCGUCGCUGAUAGCAACUUGACGUGCCGGUAGGACAUGGCCUUGAUUUGCUCCAUGUUAUCGUAAUCCUGCUGUUCUUUCUGCGACUCUAGCACCCGGUUUUCGAGAGCCUUCAUGUGAUCCGCCUUUUCUUCUUCUUCCUUUUCUUGUUGAAACUUUUCUUCCGUCUCUUUCUUGUCCUUGUGUACUUCGUAAUUGCGCGUGGCCCCACUUUCCAUUUCGUAGUCGGCAUUCUGCGGAUCUGUCAAAAAGGAUAUCGGUGCCGAACAAGCCGUGCACUUGAUAUAAAAGCGCCAUCGCUGAAUGCCCAAAUAUUUGCCAUGCGGACCUCCCAUGGGUUCCUUUUUCGAAUUGAAUUUGGUUCCCCGAUACAAAAAUGUCUUGCAACUCUUGCACUGGAUGCUAAAGGGAAGCAUCAUGCGGACGGGAACCGUGCCAUCUUUCGUCGACAGCUUUUUCCCGCGAGGGACCAACGACGGAUCGAACGUCGGGUCGAUGUACUUGUUGAGGACUUUGCGUUCACCCAUCUUGACUAAUAAUGGCUAGCUGGUAGCUAUAAGAUGGAUAGUACAGUAGAGGAUGUAAUGCUCUAGUAUUCGUCGUUCUCUUGUGUGUGGGUGUCUUUCCUUGUUGUCCUUGCUUGUUGUUGAGCGUUGUGUCGUUGUGCCGUCGUUGCGGUCGCUUCUCGGUCUGGUCUUCAACCGAAGGAGAGAAGCAAGUGUGCGUUC